AAAGAACCUUCAUAGGAUAAUUACAUGGUGUAUUUCAAUGGCUAAAAAUCCUUCGAGAAUGUUCGGCAGCGCGAAGAAAUCCUUAGUCACUUGUUUAUAGCGGGAGAGGGCACGGGAGAAGGGAACAUUAUUUAGAUUCAGAAGACGGAUAAGAUCUGCCAAGUCAUCUACUAUCUGAUAGGCGCAAUAGGCAGAUGUUGCGUGACGUACUAGUGGAGAUCUGUCAAAAACGUCAGUAGUAGCUGUUUGUAAUGGAGAUGUGCGUUUCAUCAGCGAGGCCAACUUCGUCUGACCCGUAAUUAGAUACAUGUUAUUGUUCGCAGUUGUAAUAAACGAAGUAUUACAUAUACGGAGAUGUGGAAUUCAAUUAGGCUACAAAAGGCCAGUUCGGCUUCACACAGCUGGCAAAUUGGAAGCGACUCGGAAGACGACAGCAUCAGCGAACAAACUUCGAGUUUUCUACCGAAUAUCGAACAACGCCAGAGUGUUUGUGCCGGAAGGCAAACAAGGAAUCCGUCAAACGCCAGUCUGAUGCGGGCUGUGCUGGGAGCAAUGCGUUUCAAAAAGCGUGAUUCUAAAACCGGCGUGUCCAGUGAAAACGAAACUCCUGUUUCAAGUCGAAGAUCGAAAAGUCCAGGAUCAAAGCGACAAGCAUGGAGUAAAAGUAGACAAAGCGAGGUGCGUGACAAUUCUUCUAUUGGUUUACAAGCAGAUGAGAGUGAUAUUCUGUGUCAUGUUUCUGAUGGACCAUUAUAUUUAUUCAAGAUGGCGGCAAAUGGCAAAGUGAAGGAAAUAUCGACAGUAUGUAACGCAAAUCCAGAGAGAAUCACAAGUCGUGAUGAAAAUGGUGCUUCUUUACUGCACCACGCAGCAGCCAACGGCAAGACCAGAGUCAUGGAUUAUGUUUUAGCAGACCAGCAAGGCGCCAAACUAAUAGAUUUUCCGGAUGAAGGUUCUGCGACACCUUUGCAUUGGGCAGUUGAGAAAAACAACGAAGAAGCAGUUGAUUACCUUGUAUCUAGAGGUUGUGAUCCAACUAUAUUAAACGAUAGAGGAGAGACUCCACUUCAUUUAAGCGUUAGAAUCAACGCAUUAAAUGCUUUGCGGGCUCUUAUAAAACAUAAGGGUGUAAUCGACCUCAACGAAGAACAAGGAUCAACUCUCAAUACACCGAUGCAUGUUGCUGCUGAAUACGAUCGAAAUGAAGCAGCCAGGUUGUUGUUAGAUGGUGGAGCAAAAUUAUGUAAAUCAUGCCAGCAAGGAUAUAAACCUUUACACACCGCAGCGUUGAAUGGAUCAAUAAAGGUAAUGACGUUAAUAUUGGAUGAAUGCGAAAAACAUGGAUAUCCUAAAGAUCGAGUGUUAUCAUUUUGCGACAAGGAAUUGUGUAGUCCAUUACAUUGUGCUGUGCUCGGUGGAGAUGCAGAUGCCAUCAAGAUGUGUUUAGAGAACGGUGCUAGGCUUGACACAAUGCAAGCGGACAUGACAACGCCUAUGCACUUAGUGUGUGCACAGGGAGCCUAUGACAUUGUUGAAAAUAUGUUUGAACUAGCCGAAGAGCAAGCAGCAACAUGUCUGUCGAUGCAAGAUAAACAAGGUCACACACCUCUUCAUAAAGCCGCCAUGUAUGGCCAUGCAAGCAUCGUUGAGUUUCUAGCCAAUCACGGAGCAGAUUUAAAUAUCGUAGAUGCAGAUCAGAAUACACCGUUGCUAUUGGCAGCGUCACGUGGUAAUUGGGUUUCUGUCAGAGAUCUCAUUGAAAUGGGGGCGGACAUAUUCAUUAAGAAUAAAUGUAACAGAAGCUUUCUUCAUAUGAUCGUCAUCAAUGGAGGUGAUCUCAAAAAACUGCAAUCACAAAAGUUUAAAAAUCAACAGUUUAGAGAAUCUUGCAAAAAUAUUUUAUGUAAAUCCGAAGUCCAGUCUCUUCUUGUUCAACCAGACAACGCUGGAUGUACACCUCUUCAUUACGCAUGUCAAGAAGGAAAUCUAGCGAGUUUGGAUACUCUCAUGGUGCUAGGAGUGAGUGCGAGACUAAAGUCGUCGGGAAAUCAAUCUCCAUUGCAUUUUGCGGCUCAAUAUGGAAGAUAUAACGCUUGUAAGAAACUAAUCAGUUCUCCUCAGGGACCAAACAUUAUUAACGAAAAAGACAAUCUUGGUAUGACACCGCUACAUUACGCAGCUGAAAACGGGCACACAAAAAUCGUGGAACUACUCCUGAACAAAGGAGCUGUCUGCCACAGAAACAUACGAGGAGAGUCUGUUCUACACGUAACAGCUACAAACGGCUACACACGGACAAUAAAAAUACUUGUCCAUAUGAACAAAACAUUAUUGGAUCAUGUCGACGAGAAUGGGAAUACAGCUCUUCAUCACGCUGGGUGUGCGAGUCAAGUUAGUACAGUAAAAUUGCUUAUGGAUUUAAACGAAAAAGUUCAACGAAAUAACGAAGGACAUACAUUCUUCACAUACGCAAUACAGAAUCAAAAUCGAGAAGUAGCAUUGGCAACUGUACUGCACGAUAGGUACGAGGAAGCAAUGCAAGAAUUCUUCAAAACUAAAGAAGCCAUCAAUGUUCCAAGCUUAAUGCUUAUACAACAUCUACCUGACGUAUGGCAGGUAGCACUUGACCGAAGUAUUACAACAGCAGACUGCAGCCCAAAACACAGAAAUUAUUGGGUCAGAUACCAAUUUAAGUACCUUCAACCUAACGUAAACAAAAGAGAAGAAAUCAGAGCAAAAAUGAAAGAAAUUUUAGAGACGGGACAAAACUCACAAAACAAAGUCAAAACUGUUAAUGGAAAAGACGUUGACCCAAUUGACGUAACAGCUUCAGCUUUUGUUCUGCCAGCUUUGAAUAAAAUGGUUCAGUAUAACAGAGUUGAAUGCCUAAGACAUCCAGUUUCAACUGCAUAUCUUCAAAUGAAAUGGAAUGCUUACGGACGAUGGUUCCAUGGUUUAAAUUUAUUCAUCUACGUUCUUGGACUUAUACCUCUCACUUACCUUAUUUGUACUACGGAUCCAGGACCUACGUUUCAUAAUGAAGUAUCAGGGAAUUACACAAGUCGCCUUGAUUCUCCAGUUCAAUUUACCAAAGUCCAACUCGCUAUGAUGGUGAUUUUAACGCUGUUGUCUUUGGGACAAAUUAUAAAAGAAAUUGUACAAAUGUGCCAGCAGAGACUGAAGUAUUUUCUGGAUAUGACAAAUCUGUUUGAAUGGGUCCUAUAUGUGAGCAGUAUUUUAUACGUUUUUCCGUUUUAUUCUGGAUAUCCACUACAUUGGCAGUUUGAGUUUGGAGCUAUUGCCGUGUAUUUAGCGUGGUUCAACUUGCUGUUGUUUUUUCAAAGAUUUGACAUAGCCGGUAUAUACGUGGUGAUGUUCAUAGUAAUUCUACGGACACUUGUAAAAGUACUUGCUCUGUUUUCAUUCCUCAUUAUCGCUUUCACUCUAUCAUUCUACAUUUUGAUGAACCACGAGGCCGAUGAAUCCUUCUCUACGCCACCACUUGCGUUCAUGAGAGUAGUGACAAUGACAUUGGGGGAAAUUAGUUAUCUGGAUAACUUCUUAGCUCCAUUUGUUGACGGGAAUGACGAAACAUUGCAUUAUUCUAUCGCAUCUAUGUUAUUGUUGGGUGGAUUUAUCAUUGUGAUGCCAAUAUUACUAAUGAAUCUUCUCAUUGGUUUGGCUGUCGGGGACAUCGCAGCAGUGCAGAGCAAUGCUGAACUUCAGCGAUUGGCAAUGCAGGUUCAACUUCACACAGAGAUCGAAGGACGAUUAUCAACUAAAAUUCUUAGAAUCGUUGAUAAAGAUGAACAAAUUAUCUACCCUAACAGACGUUGUGGACUGAUUGGACAAAUAUUUGGAAAGUUGACAGCUAAACAAGAAGGAAUUCACGAAGAACCAAUAUCUCACAUUACAAUGACUGAUCGAAGCAUAAAUUACUUGAAUGUCGAAGUUCAAAAACAGAAAGACAGGCUGAAAGAGAUGCAAAUCACAAUGAACAAGCAACAUGACCUGUUACGAUUGAUUGUUCAAAAGAUGGAAAUUAGGUCCGAGGCAGAUGAGCAAGACGAAGGUGCUCACCCUGACUUACAACGAAGAAUGCAAUCAGGGAGAGGAAGCAGAAUCACAGCUGUCAGACCAAAAAUAGCGGCUGCGACUGCUUUCAAGUCAAUUUCAAAAUAACCACGACUUUUACCUGACACCUGAGUGAUGAUCGAAACGUCGUGUGUAAAGAGAAAGGUUGUUUCUCUCAUUUGAAAAAAAAAAAGAUUUCGCCUCACCAGAUGGUGAUAUUUUUGAUCUUCUGACACCAUUGUUGGGUACAUGUCCCUAGGUCCCGAACAGCAGAGUUAAAUUUCACUAGCGGUUUGAUGAGUGCGAAGCAUAUCAUUUGAAUAAUUCGAACUCAAUAAGUGGUGAUUCGAGUCUUCCCUGACAACCUAGCCUGCAGGAUUCUAGCCCGAAAGGUUUAAAUAUAUACGUAAUACCUCAUUGUGUAAUAUAUACUGAUUAAACUUUACUAUAUUACACUAAUUUUUGAAGAAAUUUUCCACAAAUUUCUGCUCUGUAAAAUUCGCUUUCUUCUUAGCUAUUACACUAGAACUGCCUCAAGUUUCGCGUCUACCGACAUCUCUGGCUCAGUGAUAAAGAGAAUAUAUAUGACCCAUAGCACGUCAGUGGCCGUUUGUAAAUAUUAUAUUCGCGUUUAAUUGAAGGCUCG